GGCCUGUUGUAUGAUCAGAGCCUUUUGCGUCAUUCUCAGUCCCUGGCCGGCGUGCCAAUCCCCGAAUCGGUCCCUCUGAGCGCCCCUCCUCCCCGCCAUCUCUCCUGGCCGCUUAAGCACCCGCUGUCAUCUUCACAUCAUCUUCCACCAUGGCGUCUGCGCUGUUCUUCCUGGAUCUCAAGGGCAAGACCCUCCUUGCUCGAAACUAUAGGGGUGACAUCCCCAUGUCCGCCGUCGAAAAGUUCCCCGUCCUAUUGUCAGAAGCCGAAGAAGAGUCAUCAGCCGUUCCGCCAUGCUUUUCCCACGAAGGAAUCAAUUAUCUAUACAUCCGCCACAACAACCUCUACCUCCUGGCGCUAACGAAGCGCAACACCAAUGCCGCCGAAAUCCUGCUCUUCCUGCACAAGGUCGUCGAAGUCUUCACCGAGUACUUCAAGGCCCUGGAAGAGGAAUCCAUCCGCGACAACUUCGUCGUCAUCUACGAGCUCCUCGAUGAGAUGAUGGACUUUGGCUAUCCCCAGACCACCGAAUCCAAGAUCUUGCAAGAGUACAUUACUCAAGAAUCACACAAGCUGGAGAUCCAGGCACGUCCGCCAAUCGCCGUAACCAAUGCCGUGUCUUGGCGAUCAGAGGGUAUCCGCUAUCGCAAGAACGAGGUCUUCCUGGACGUUGUUGAAAGUUUGAACCUCCUCGUUAGCGCCAACGGAAACGUGCUAAGGAGCGAGAUCCUCGGCGCCAUCAAGAUGAAGUGCUAUCUCAGUGGUAUGCCCGAGCUAAGAUUAGGACUCAACGACAAGGUCAUGUUUGAAACGACUGGCCGAACAACGCGCGGCAAGGCCAUUGAGAUGGAAGACGUCAAGUUCCACCAGUGCGUUCGACUUUCCCGCUUCGAAAACGACCGAACGAUUUCAUUCAUCCCCCCCGAUGGCGAAUUUGAACUCAUGUCGUACCGCCUCAACACCCAAGUCAAGCCCCUCAUCUGGGUCGAGUGUCUCGUCGAAUCCCACUCUGGCUCCCGCAUCGAAUAUAUGCUCAAGGCCAAGGCUCAGUUCAAGCGACGAAGCACGGCCAAUAACGUCGAGAUCAUUGUCCCCGUGCCCGAUGAUGCCGACUCCCCUCGUUUCAGGACAAAUAUUGGCUCUGUGCAUUACGCCCCCGAACAGAGCGCCAUCGUCUGGAAGAUUAAGCAGUUUGGCGGCAACAAGGAGUUCCUCAUGCGCGCGGAACUUGGCCUUCCUAGCGUGCGAGGAGACGACGAGCACGGCGGUGGAAUGACGGGCGGAUUUGGAGGCAGCAUGGGUGGAAUUGGCGGCAAGGGAGCCAAGCGACCUAUCCAAGUCAAGUUUGAGAUUCCUUACUUUACAACAAGUGGAAUCCAGGUCCGAUACCUCAAGAUUACUGAGCCCAAACUUCAAUAUCCUUCCCUCCCCUGGGUCCGAUACAUUACGCAAUCUGGCGAUAUCGCUGUUCGACUGCCUGAUGUGGUCUAAACCAUUUAAAGCAUCUCAAUUUUGAUAUAUAAGCACAUGAGAAGGACGACAGUGUAAGGAAACGAAAGACGUAUUUAAUUUAAAGCGACAGGCCGUUCGAUUUCAUCAAAGCUAGUGGCGUCGAAAAGAGCGCGAUGAGGGAAAGGGGGGGAGGCGGCAAAAAGUCGUGAUUAUAUUCAUGUAGAGUCUUCACAGUAUAGCGAUUUAAUGGGGACUCAUGAGAUUUUCUUUAUGGAAAAAGAGGGUGGAAAAAAAGAGAAGGUUUGAUCUAGACGUAGAGGGCUAUUAUGUCGAUAUACAUUUAAGACAGGAUGCACCAAAUAAAGUGAAAUCCACACUACUCAAUCUCCCUGUUAUUUUUUUUCGUUAAAAUCCAGUUUCAGAUUGAAGCUAUCCUAGAAACAUCAAAAUUGCUAAAGUACUGUUGUUGGGUGAACUGUUGUCAAAAAUUCAUGGAAAGUUAAGUUGAAGAAUAAAGAAAAGGGUUGAGCCUCGUUCGUCAUAAAGAAGCAGAUUCAUCUAAGAUGCUCCUAACCGAGGCUGUAACGUAUCAUGUGUCGUCAAACGUGAUCAAGUCGAGAAAUCGUAUUUCGUAACAAAAAAAAAAAAGUGAAACAUGACGAAUAAAUCAAGAAAGUGAAAUGAAAAAUCCAGGGUAAAACAGAGAGAGGGGAGAAGAGACCAAAAGAAAGGAAACAUGAAAAAAUCGUGCAAAGAUUCGUCGCUUCAAGAUUGUGCAUUGUCCCAGACAAGAAUACCUCUCCAUUCCAUAUCAGCAAUGUG